AACUUCAAACUACUGAAAGAUGAACUUUUAUUCGAGUCGGAACCGGAACGUUUCAACCCAAAAACGGUCCGUUUAUCCCUAAAAGCGCCGCUCACCGGAAGUGACGUUAUUUUCGGCGCCUUUUCCUCCCGAGUUUGUGUGUUUGUUACUGUUAGCUUACAGCGGCUAGCCGGCUGCUAGCAGCAUGAACUGAACACAGGGAGGUUUCACAGAGGACUCUGAGUCUGCACAGGUGUGCUCACGUGACCAUUAGUUCACCUGUGUUACGUCAGCGUAGACUGUAGAGUAUUUUAACCUGAGAAACGCUCCCUACCUGCGGUCAUUCAGAGCGUUCAUGCAGGGGGACGGGCGCAUGCGCACUGCUCACGCUCAUGGGUGAGUCUGUGAGCAGCGGUUGCCAUGGAGCCCGCCUGGAGACAGCAGGGCAGGGGGCGUGGUCGCAACCAGAACACUCAGGAUGAGAGGCCCCGCCCCCCGCAGAAGGAGAAGGCGGUCCUAGCGGCGGGGCGGGGAGGCAGAGGGCUGAAGGCGGAACCGAGCCCGGACCUUCCUCAGGCCGGCGCCGUCCAGUCCAAGUUCGAGGAGAUCCAGAGGUCCAACCAGGCGGCGGCCAAGAGACUGGUGGAGAGCCAGGUGAGCUCCUCCUCCUCGGACGAAGAUGAGAGCGAGGACGGGAGCCAGAAGGAGGGGCAGAGAGGGAGGAUCCUGGCGUCCACCUUCACCACCUACACCGACCAGACAGGCGGAGAUGCCUCGGCGCUGACCCGGACCGGUCAGUACGUCAGCGAGCUGUUCCAGUCCGGAGCCGUCACCUGCCUGAUCUGCAUCGCCUCGGUCAGGAGGACGCAGGCGGUGUGGAGCUGCAGCGGCUGCUUCUCCCUCUUCCACCUGCCCUGCAUCCAGAAGUGGGCCCGGGACUCGGUCUUCCUCGUGUCCUCCGUGACCGACGAAGACUUCGGUCAGAAGGAGCACCCGUGGCCGUGUCCAAAGUGCCGGACGGAGUAUCCUCCGAGCUCCACCCCCAACAGGUACACCUGUUACUGCGGGAAGCUGCAGGACCCCCCGGCCGACCCCUGGCUGGUUCCUCACUCCUGCGGCGCCGUCUGCCAGCGCCAGCUGAAGCCCAGCUGCGGUCACACCUGUCUGCUGCUGUGUCACCCCGGUCCCUGCCCGCCCUGCCCCAAGAUGGUGUCCGUCUCCUGCCUGUGUGGCAAAGCGAAGCCCCUCCCCCGCCGCUGCAGCAACAAGGCCUGGUGCUGCCAGCAGAGGUGUGGGAGGCUGCUGGCCUGUAAGCAGCACACCUGUACGGAGCCCUGCCACUCAGAGUGCGCCCCCUGUCCGAGAGUGAGCCUGCAGAGCUGCGUGUGCGGCCGCCAGAAGGCGGAGCGGCCGUGCGCCAGCCCCCGCUGGACCUGCGAGCAGGUGUGCGGCGCCCCGCUCUCCUGUAGGAAUCACACCUGUGAACAGGUGUGUCAUGAUGGAGCGUGCCCCCUCUGCCCCCGCUCGCUCAGCAGAUCCUGUCCCUGCGGCAAAACCAGGUCGUCUCUGCCGUGCACGGAGGAGGUGCCCCCCUGUGGAGACACCUGCGACCGCCCGCUGUCCUGCCUGCAGCACACCUGCUCCAUGAGGUGCCACCGCGGCAGCUGUGAGACCUGCCGACAGGAGGUGCAGAAGGAGUGCAGGUGUGGCAAACACAGGAAGAAGACGGCCUGUCAUAAGGAGUACCUGUGCGACUCCAAGUGUCCAAAGACCAGGAACUGCCAGAGACACCAGUGCAGGAGGAAGUGUUGCCCUGGUAACUGCCCCCCCUGUGACCAGAGCUGCGGGCGAACUCUGGGAUGUCGGAACCACAAGUGUCCCUCCGUCUGUCACCAAGGAAGCUGCUACCCGUGUCCGGAGACGGUGGAGGUGCGCUGCUCCUGCGGCUCCAGCGUGCUGGUCGUCCCGUGUGGGCGAGAGAGGACCACCAAACCGCCGCGCUGCCGGGAGGCCUGCAGGUGCCCCCCAUCCUGCCAUCACCCCUCCAGGGAGCCUCACCGCUGCCACCCGGGGCCCUGCCCCCCCUGCAGGCAGCUGUGCCUGAUGCCCCUCCCCGGCUGCAGCCACACCUGCCCUCAGCCAUGCCACGACUUGGUUCUGGUCCGGUGCCAGCAGGUCCAGCUGGCGGGUCCGUGGGAGCAGCCGUCAGAACCGGCGUUCAUGAAGAAGGCGCUCCCCUGCCCCCCGUGCCAAGUCCCCAUCCCCACGUCCUGUUUUGGAGAACAUGAGGUCACCCCGGUGCCGUGUUGUCGUCAGGGUCGGUUUUCCUGUGAGCGUCCCUGUGGACGUCCGCUGGCGUGUGGGAACCAUCAGUGCAGCAGGAAGUGUCACCUGGUUACCGACGGCAACCAGGUGAGCCCUCAGGGUCCACGCCCACAGACGGCGUCUGCAGAUGCUGAGCGUCUGCUUUGUUUCCAGUGUGAGGUGUGUGAGGAAGGCUGCAGUAAGCCACGCCCCCCCGGCUGCCCCCACUCCUGCCCCCGCCCUUGCCACCCAGGUGACUGCCCCCCCUGCAACCAGAUGAUCCGCCAGCGCUGCCACUGCAAGAUCAGCAUGCUCUACGUGGAGUGCACGAAGCUGACUGCAGCAGAUGCGCAGCUGAAGGUGCAGCUGGGAUCCUGUGGGAACCAGUGUCCUAAAGAGCUGGGCUGCGGCCAUCGCUGUAAGCAGGUGUGCCAUCCAGGUGUGUGUGAGGAGAAGUGUCACCAGAAGGUGAAGCUGCGCUGCUCCUGCAGGAGGAUCAAGAAGGAGGUGCCGUGCUCCCUGUCCUCCCAGUCCUCCCUGCAGUGUGACGACGUGUGCCGAGAGCAGAGGCAGAGGGUCAGCCAGCUGAAGGAGGCGGAGCUAAAGGCUGCAGAGGAGGAGGAGCAGAGGAGGCUACAGGAGGAGCUGGAGGCCUUCGAGAAGCGCCAGCAGCGAGGGGGGAGGAGGAACAAGCGGCGGAGGAGGGAGGAGGUGGACGACGAGCAGGAGAGAGCGGCCCGCUGGAGGAGGCGCGCCGCCAUGGUCCUGGUCCCGCUGGGCGGCGUGCUGCUGUCUGCCGCCAUCUACUACUUGCUGAGCACACCCUGAGGGAGCACAAGCUCCGCCUCCUUUAGCAGGGAUGGGAGCGGGGGUUUGCCGCCCUCCAGCGAACCUGGAAGAUAAAGUUUAGUUUUGUUGAUGAUAAUCGUGGAGAAGCAGGAACAUCUCAGAUCCUCAGACGUCUUCUGAUUGGCUGUCAGUCCUCAGGCGUCCUCUGAUUGGCUGUCAGUCCUCAGGCGUCUUCUGAUUGGCUGUCAGUCCUCAGGUGUCCUCUGAUUGGCUGCUGUCGUUCUGAUCUCUGGAGUUUUUUCUUUGAUGAAAAUAAAAACCUGAUUUUGAUGUUUCUGAGCAUAAAAGUGUGAUGCUCUGAGUCUGCAGGGGGCGACAGAGAGCAGACAGCUGCCUCAGUCACAUGACCGACUGACCUUCAGACCACCAGAAGAUGGAGAGAGAGAGUUUCAUGAAGGUCAUCAGAAGGUCAGAGUCCAGACAGAUCUGUAACAAAAAACGUUUCUUUACUAUAUAAAAAUGGUUUUAGAAAGUCAGAUGCUUUUCAAGAUGGUUUUCAAAAUAAAAGAAACCAGAGAGAA